AUGCUUACAGGCAAAGAAGAAUCGGCUUUAUUGCUUUUGAGAUCCAAUCGAGGAAAUCAAGAAAGCAAGGAAUUACCAAAGUAUUUAAGGAGCACCUUCACUGACACCUAUUAAUUGUAGGAACCAGUCAAAGAGAAAAGAGGCAAAAAGAUGUUGCCUUAGUAUGCAUUUGGAAACUCUUUGGAAUCGCCAUCUUUUUUCAGAACUCCAAAUACAUUGAUUUGCAAAGAGAGCUACGACAAUCCAUUCAUCAAGGGACAGCAGAAACCAAAGAGCAAAUGGGAUUCGCUACGUAGCAAUACAUUGAAUAAUUACGAUUUCUACAAUAUUUCAGAAUAGAAGUUUAGUAAUUAGCCUGCGGAAGGAUUUAAUAAUGUGAGAUUAGUGAAUACAGUUACAAACCAGAUAAAUUUUGUUAAGACACCAAAAGUGAAGAAUCAAGAUUAUACUUUCUAGUAAGCAUAUAGAACAUUGUAGAAGACGAGUCAUUUCAGACGUAAACAUGAAUUGUUUACUGAUUUUAUGGAAAAAAAUGAUAACCAAAAUGUUUAUGGACAUUUAAAUGAUAGGCAAAGACCAAAAGGACAUUUAAGAGAUGUUAAGAACUUUAGUUUGACUCCUCAAGAAGUGAAGCUACAGCAUAAGUACACCUUCAAUUCCAUGAUUACGACUCCAAAAUUUAAGAGUGGCAGAAAGGAGGAGUUUCCGAGGGUGAAUAGGGCAGAUGAAAAGGGAUUAGAAGUAGAGUUUGAUUUAUGCUCUUUUAGUUUUCUUAAUUCUCUGAGCAAUUCGAUUAUUUUGACUCAUAUAGACAAUCGGAUGAAGGGGAAGAAGCAAGAUAGAUACAAUGCGGAUCCUGUGACUGAAGAUUAUUAAGAAGAUGAGAUUGGAUUAAUUGAGGUUUUUGAAAAGCAUCUAGAGUUUGAAAAACAAUAUGAUUGA